AGACCAUUCAUCCAUUCAUUAAUUUCUUCGUAACUACUGGGACAAGCAAAUCAAAUCCCUUCAUUAACCAAAACCCAUUUCAAUUCUCAGCUCUUUUCAGUCACCCAGCUCUCCCCGGAUUGAUCGAUAUCGAUCCAGCUGGAAGAUUCUUGAAGAUCAAGAAAAUGGUUGAUCAUCAGCUUCGGUGGUUGUGCCUCUUUAGCUUAAUGUUAAUUCUGGCGAGGGUUCCUCCAAGUGUGGAAGCAGCCAGAGUUCGUAGAUUCAAAUGGGAGGUGAAGUAUGAAUACAAAUCUCCUGAUUGCUUCAAGAAACUGGUCAUUGCCAUUAACGGAAGAAGCCCAGGUCCCUCCAUCUUGGCUCAGCAAGGUGACACUGUAAUUGUCGAGCUCAAGAACAGCCUCUUGACUGAAAAUGUUGCCAUCCACUGGCAUGGAAUCCGACAGAUCGGAACCCCUUGGUUUGAUGGAACAGAGGGCGUAACUCAAUGCCCGAUCCUGCCUGGAGACACAUUCGAGUAUCGGUUCGUCGUUGACAGGCCUGGUACAUACCUGUAUCAUGCACAUUAUGGGAUGCAAAGAGAAGCCGGGCUAUACGGGUCGAUUCGGGUGUCGCUGCCCAAUGGAGUUUCCGAACCCUUCUCCUAUGAUUAUGACCGAAGCAUCAUCCUCAACGACUGGUACCAUAAAAGCACCUACGAGCAAGCCACCGGCCUGUCUUCCAUACCCUUUGGUUGGGUUGGGGAGCCUCAGUCACUUUUAAUACAAGGAAAGGGGAGGUUCAAUUGUUCCCUUCUAACCUCUCCAAGCUUAGAACCCGGCACCUGUAAUGCGACAAAUCCCGAGUGCUCACCCUAUUCGCUCACGGUAGUCCCCGGAAAAACGUACCGCCUCAGGAUUGGCAGCUUGACAGCUCUAUCUGCUCUCAGUUUCGCAAUUGAGGGCCAUAACAUGACUGUUGUUGAAGCUGAUGGUCACUAUGUGGAACCAUUUGUUGUGAAAAACCUGUUCAUCUACUCUGGGGAGACAUACUCAGUCCUUGUAAAAGCUGAUCAAAACCCUGCAAGAAAUUACUGGGCCACCAUAAACGUUGUUAGCCGGAAACCUGCAACCUCGCCCGGUUUAGCCAUCUUCAACUACUACCCGAACCAUCCUCGUCGAUCCCCUCCCACUGUCCCUCCCACUGGGCCUAUUUGGAACGAUACUGCACCGCGCUUGGCCCAAAGUCUCGCCAUCAAGGCCCGCCACGGUUUCAUCCACCCACCUCCCCUCACCUCAGACAGACAAAUAAUCCUCCUCAACACUCAAAACAAGAUAAAUGGUUACUUCCACUGGUCAGUGAACAAUGUCUCCUUCUCCCUCCCCCACACUCCCUAUCUCAUUGCCCUCAAGGAGAAUCUCACCCACGCCUUCAAUCAAACUGCACCUCCCGAAAACUAUGACGCUGCGAACUACGACAUCUUUCGAAAUGCCAGUAAUGUUAAUGCCACCUCCAGUGACUCCAUUUAUAGGUUGGGAUUCAAUACAACAGUGGAUAUUAUACUGCAAAAUGCAAACACUAUGACACCGAACAACAGCGAAACUCAUCCGUGGCAUCUCCACGGGCAUGACUUUUGGGUACUGGGGUAUGGGCUUGGGAAGUUUGACAAAGCCCGGGAUCCGGAGAAGUACAACCUUGUCGAUCCGAUCAUGAAGAACACGGUGGCUGUGCAUCCUUAUGGAUGGACGGCACUAAGGUUUCGGGCGGAUAAUCCAGGUGUGUGGGCUUUCCAUUGUCACAUAGAGUCUCAUUUCUACAUGGGGAUGGGAGUGGUGUUUGAAGAAGGUAUAGAGAAGGUGGGGAAGUUGCCUUUAUCUAUUAUGGGCUGUGGUGAAACAAAAGGCUUCCAUAGACGUCCAUAGUUCUGAAUUGUGAAGAAAACUUCAUGCCUUCAACUUUUUUAUUUUAUUUUAUUUAUUUUUAAGUUGGGACACAGAGAGUACUUGGAAGCAUAAAUUUCAAGUAAUGGAUUUGAAUUUGUUUGAAUUUGGAGGAAACUCAACACAAUCUUGUACUACAUUCUUGUUCAAAUUUGCACCAAUUUAAAUUUAAAAUCCAAAUGUAAUGCUCCUUGGCACAAA